AUGGCCUGUCACUGGGAUUCUGGGAAUAUCAUGGAUUUUGUGACCCGGGUUUACCACGACAUGCACACUUUGAUCAUACCAUCGCCUCAUUCCCCGGACCGACAUAUGCACCACGGUCAUGUCAGAUCACGAGAACAACAACCUUCACCACAAAGGCCUGCAAAGGCUGCAAUGACUGCGAAAGAAAACCACAAGUCCACAACGCAGCCGCAUGGCAUCGCAUGGCAGCUUGGCCCACGCAAGUUCACACUCUUCUUCUUGUUUUCCAUCUGGCGUUUACUGCUUGACUGUAAGGAAAAAAAAUGGUAUCUCCUCCCCUGUCCGCUGACGGGACCCCCACCCCCUGAACCCUGCUGCCUUAGCUCGCAGAUACGCCUGGACACCUUGUAUCCGUAUCUGUCCCUCGCUCUGUGGCUUGCUCCCGUUGCUUCUAGCGCGCCUGGUUUGCAUACCGUUGGCGCCACUGUUGGUCAACGUUCAACGGGAGGCAGAGUCUCGGAGAACCAGAGAAACAUGAGAGCUAUAGGAGCUAUUGAGGGCUAUGGAUGCGGCUCACGGCUCGACGAGUCUCGUCCCUUGAGCCAGAUCAUUACACAACCCACUUCACCGGCCGGCAUCCCCUUGAAAAGCACCGAGACUCGGCCACGACUCCACGAUUACCGCGAGAGCACGCCGAGUAUUGAGCCCCAUCCUACGCCGGCUACGAGUAACGAAGCUAUGCGAAACAGCGACGAAAUGUGCUGCCGGCCAAAUGGCAACCGCUACCUACUGCAAGUGGGCAUGAGGAGCUACGGAGUGGUGGAAGGGGGGAUUGUACAGAAAUUUGAGCGAGAAGUGGUCAAUAUCAAGACAGCAAAUGACUUACCACUGGUGGUGAAGCUCACGAUGGACGAAUCUAUCGUGAAACAACUCGAGGCCCAAUCUACCAUGAUGAUAAACAGUCCAUGGAAGACUGUGGCUCAAAUUAGAUCUCAAGGCACUAACUCGGAUCUUUUCUGGAAAAAAGGUGGCCCAUUGCGCGCGCAAAUUCUCGCCUCACCUCGGCCUGUCUUUCAUCGCGGCGGACCCCUCCGCCCCAUCAACUAUCCGGCCCCGCUUUUCAUCCGGUGGUCUGAUCGGAUGUUUUCCGUGAGCUCGACGUUCAACUUUUCAGGUUCUUACACGGUGAGGUUGCUGGAGGCUGAGGCUCGUCUUUCCCCUUUUUGUGCUUUCCGCCCUCAGCCUCGAAAGUACUUCGUACCCUCCACUCACUCUAGAUUCCCGUCUGUUGCGAACGAGACUGUCCAUCGCGCGCAUUUCCACGGAUUUGGACGGUCGGUGACAAUCGCGAUGCUUGAUGCUGCUAUCGCCGACGCCGAUACUAAUACCAGUGCCUCCCCAUCAACAAUUGCAAAUGCUACCCGUGCUCAGGUCGUCCUGACUCGGGCCAAACUUCGAUACCGAUCCCGACAAGGACCGUUUGCAGACACACCGUGUCGCGCCGACUCCCUCCGCGACGGAACAAUGACGCCACAACCCAUCGUGACAAUGACAUCCGACAACGCGCGAUGGAGAAGAAAGAAGACCCCGCACGGAAUGGCCGUGAAAUUCUACACAUCACCUCCCCCGGAUGACGUCGCGUCUUGGGCUCGGACUUUAUCGGGUUCUCCAGUACACGUGUACAGCGCUGCAAAAGCACGCAUCAGUCAACCCCCAGUUGACACGCAUGUACCGGACAUGGGGAACAAGUUCCUUUCCCAUUCCGCUGGGUUCCCCCGUUCUCGGGCGAGAGCCGAUUAUCCAUCCCACCACUUCAUCCCGCGGAGUACACACACAUUUUCUCUCGCCACGGAACGUCACAGCCCUACGGUGACGGCGACAGCGGCACGGGUGUUGAAAAAGUGGGCAGAUGGAUCCGUGACGGUCGGAGAUAAAGCUGGAUUACCCCUGAUGGCCGCCUAUCGACUAGGCGCGAAACAGAUUCUCAGUUGCGAGAUAGCUGCGGUAGCUGAUUCAUGA